AUGAGUGCAUAUUCGAGAAAUAGAUCGUUUGAUUCUAACUACUCUGACACCAGCGACGGUAGUGAAGAGGACGUUCGUAUUCGCGAUAAACUCAGAAAUGAGUGCGAAGGUGUGAGUACUAGGAUUAUUUGUGAAAAGCUUAACUUUCCAUACAACCCAGUUGAGUUGGAUCUGUCUCUACUGGACGACGAGAGUGUUUGGAGUGACCUGGAGGUCGAGAACACGCCUAAAGAUAACUUGUUAUUUGAGUUAACAAGAGAGCUACUAGCUGUGAGAAUAAGUUCUUUGUUUAACGUGUUGAUCAAAAACAAGGAGUACAGUACCAGGGGGUUGUACUUGUCAAAACUGAUGAUUAAGUUGAAUCCAGCAAACUACACGGCAUGGUACUACCGUCUCGAAUGCAUUAAGACGCUCGAUUUAAAUCUGGAAGAGGAGCUAGAAUUCGCAAGGAGGAUAACUUCUGAGUCAAUAAAGUCAUAUCAAAGUUGGAACCACAGGAGGCAGAUAUGUGAGCUCGCAAACUCAAAAUUCAACGAACUGGAGUUUGUAAAGCUGGAGAUAGGGACGUCCCCAAAGAAUCAGUCGGCAUGGGCAUAUCUAACAUGGCUGAUAAAGACCUUUGGGCCAACGGAUAGGUCGGAAGAGUUUGAAUUCGUGGACUUUUUAGUAAAAACUGACGUGUACAACAACUCGGCAUGGAACUAUAAGAACUUCCUGAUUAAGCACUUCGAAGGAGAGUUGGACCUAGGGUACGUGCUAGGGGAGUUUGCACAGGACUUCCAGUCGCUGGUUGAGAGGCCGGACAACGAGUCGCUCUGCUCAUACCUGAUUGAAAUGACAUCGCACAUACAAAGGAAGCACAGCAGGUGCAUGAAUGACGUGGACACGGAAUGGCUGGACUCGAUGAGGGGCAAGUGCAAAAGCAUAGAUUGCAUAUCUAGUAAAUACAAAUGUCAGCACAGUACAUUAUAG